AUGGCACGGUUAUGUCGUUUUUGUGUGUUCACCAUUCACGUGUGUUUGUGUCAGAUCACUAUCAAUCAGGUGGAGGAAUCUGAGGUGAACUUUGUGGAGUUGGUUCAUUCUUUGCUGGAGGAUCCCGCUGAGAGAAAACAUUUUUUCCAGGAAGUCUUUCCAGUACAUUUUGGGUCAAAGUAUGAUGCGGCUCUAGAAAUGCUGGUGUGGGAGUUUCUCUCAAGACUGGAAGAGCUGUUGCCAGUUCCACACUUCACACAGAUGGCAGCAUUGCUCGGAGAGGCUCCGGAGUUCCUAGAUGAGUGUUUGCAAACAAUUUUCCCGCCAGAUGACAUGAAAGCUGUACUUAAACACCACAAAAGCCUCGGCCAUUUUGAAGAGAAAGAUGCUAGGUUACUACCAAUGGAUGAUCUCAUCCUCUCCUCACUGUCUUUGCCAUCUGGGACCAAGCCCAUCCCAAACGUGGCUUCCUGCUCACCGGUGAUGGAGGGCAAACUGCUCCCAGAGCACACAGGACAUCCCGACGCUCCCACCAACAGACCUAGCCAGGACAACGGAAGCAGGAAGACUUCAGAGACGACUGGACAAAGACUAAGGGAAAUAAGAGACUCGGGCAGUUGGCAGCUACAGGUUAGAGGCGGAAAUGGUGGCGUUUCACAGGAGAGAAACUCAAUCAGUGCACGUCCAUGCGAUGAAACCAUAGACCUCACUACAACAGUAGAGACUGACAUCACGGAUUCAGCAACCGAUGAGAACAGCGAACACGUGACAGUAGGGCGGGUUUUGAGGAAGAGGAAGCUGAGCGGAGGUUUAGACAUUCCCUCAAAGCAGCCUUUGGAGGUUUCAAGUCUCCUGAGCGAUGAGAAUUCAAGUGAAUCUCCUCUCAUCUCCAUAUGGGGAGAUUAUACAGAAUCCCAGAAUACGUCUUUUCCCGUUACGACUGACACAAGAGGUCCCUGGUCAGAGGAGGAGACCCUCAACCUGCUUGAUAUUUGGGGGAAGGACUCCGUGCAGCAGGCUUUGAAGGGCUGCUUGAAAAACCGUCACAUAUUCACACAGAUCUCUCAGAAGUUGGCAGAGAGAGGCUAUAUGAGAACUGUGGAACAGUGCCAGACCAGGAUCAAAAACCUGAAGAAAUGCUUUCGCCAGAACAAAGGGAACACGAGACUGGAGUGGAAAUUUUAUGACCAGCUGGAACGGAUACUCGGCUCAUCUGCUUCCUCGGCUGUUCCAGAAGUGACCUACGACAUCGAAGAGCUCAACGAUGAAGACGAAUCACGAGACAGCUCUGACGAGUCUCAGUUCCUCGGUGAAAUAAACCCAGUAGAAAUCGUGACCAGGAGCGUCCCGUGGACCGACAUGGAGACCUUGGCUCUGAUCAACACGUGGGCUGAAGAAAAGCUGCAGCAGCAAAGAAGAGGACCGCACAGGAUCGGAAAUGUUUUUCCCACCGUGUCCAUGAAGAUGGCAGCGCAGGGCUUUUCCCGAACACCGGAGCAGUGCCAAACCAAGCUGAAGAGGCUGAAAACAAAUUUCAGGCAGUGCUACGAAAACAGCUUGAGGGGACAUGGACAAACGGAGUGCAAGUUUUACAAUGAGCUGGCAAGAAUUUUAGUGAAGGGGCCGCCCUCAAUGGUCGAUUUGGAUGAUAUGCCUGAAGACUUUUCUGCCAACCUCCAUCAAGAUGCAGAGGCUGCUGUGAGUCUUCUGGAGGACAGGAAGAAAGUCUCGUGGUCAGACAAAGAGACGAUCAUCCUCCUGGAACACUGGGGAGACCCUCAGGUCCAGCAGAACCUGAGAAACGGCUCACACAAUGGCCACGUUUUCUCAGAGAUAUCAGAGAAACUCGCUGCUAGCGGCUACUCACGCAGCCCCGAUCAGUGCUACACCCGGAUCAAACGGCUGAAGACCAUCUAUCGCCAGUGUCGGGACAGCUCGAGCUUGUCUGGAAAUGACAGAGUCGAAUUUAAAUUCUAUGAUCUGCUGGAACAAAUACUGGAAAAGCAGCCGUCGACGUCUUCGGCUGCGGUGAUGGAUUCCAUUGAAAUAUCCGAAGAUUCCAAUGAUGAGUCAGUGACUGAAACAGAUGGAGAAUUUAGCACAUCGAUGGAGAAACCACCACCGAACUUCUGGUCAGAUGAGGAGACCCUGGCGCUCAUCGAUAUCUGGGGCAAGCGAGAUGUUCAGCGGGCGCUGAGAGGCUUUGUCCACAACGGGCACGUUUACACCGAUAUUUCCGAGAGGAUGUGUGACCUGGGUUACUCCAAAAGUCCAGAGCAGUGCCGCUCCAAGGUCAGGUUGCUGAAGAAGAACUUUCGCCGGCUCCACAACAGAAAGAAACGCGGCAAAAAAGUAGAGUACAGGUUCUACAAUCAGCUGGAAGAAAUCCUGGGGCAGACGUCCAGUUAUGUGGACGACGAAAGAGACGAACAUGCAGAUGAAAAAGAGGAACAGGCAGACCAGGAUACCGGUACCGUGGUGUUCACACCGUGGACGGAGCAGGAGACGGUGGCGCUCAUUGAGGUGUGGGCCGCAGAUGAUAUCCAGCACAGCCUGAAGACUUGCAUCCGCAACAGCCACAUAUUCGCCGACAUAGCAGAGAAGUUAUCCACCGCAGGGUACAGGAGGACGGCGGAGCAGUGCCACACCCGCAUCCAAGGGUUGAAGAAAACCUACAGACGUUUUUGCAACAACCAGAGAAGUGGAGGACGACCCGCUGCAUUUCGAUACUUCCACCUCUUGGCUCCAGUGCUCAGCGACCUCUCCCUCUACGCCGACGUGGAGAACUUUUCUACAGACUCCUCUCUUCAACCUUUAAUGGACAACGAUAUUGACAUGUAUGAGCAGGCCUCGACCAGCUCCCUGCAGGCCGACCUGAGCCGGAAGAUGCCCUGGUCGGAUCACGAGACUCGGGUUCUGCUGGAAAUCUGGGGUGAAGACGACGUCCAGCUUACGCUGAAAGGCUGCCUGAGAAACCGCCACGUUUUUCAGUACAUCGCCGAAAAGAUGAGCGCCCACGGAUUCAGCAGGACGUCGGAGCAGUGCUACACCCGCAUAAAACGCCUUAAAUUCGGCUUCCUCCACGAAAAGGAGGAUUUUAGAUUCUUCAGAGAGAUGGAAGGAAUCUUUAGGAAGGGGUUGGCUGUGGCCGGAUCAGUUGCAGACGCGUUUGUCGCAGACGAAAUGUCCGACUCCUCAAUGAUGCCAGUGCAGCACCAAGGUAACCAUUGGGCAGCGGACAACUCCAAGGUGACCUGGAGUGAUGGAGAGACCAAGCUCCUCCUGGACAUUUGGGGCAGUGAAGAGAUCCAGGAGAACUUGAAGAGUUGUGCCAAGAACAAACACAUCUUCUCCCAGAUCUCAGAGGCUAUGGUCAACCAGGGCUUCCUGCGCACCCCUGAACAGUGUCAGACCAGGAUUAAGAGGCUGAGAACCAACUUCCGCCACUUCCUGGAAGGCAGAAAAGGAGAAAAGCAGGAGUGCAAGUUCUUUGACCAGCUUUUGCACAUCUUUGGUAGCAAGUACAUCAAUCCUGACACACUGGCUGAGGAGUCCACCGAUGAUGUGGAGUUGGUAAGUUGUUCAUCACCAUAGUGGCAAAUAAAUGGGACGCAGCAACACCAGAUGGAAGGAUGAGGACCAAGAACAUCCAGAGGAGUAAGAGCCUUCCUGGACAAACAGCGGUGGCGUACAGCACCUGUAGAUACUUCAGCUCCUUUAGCAUCCUGCAUCCACUCAGACCGACAUCAGGUUGUAUCGUGCAUGCGUGCGCGCUCGUGUCCUUCCGCCGCGGUGUCUUUGUGAUUAUUCCAAACAGAGCCAUGAUAAUAAUACCCGGCCACUCGGUGGGGAUUUGAGGGAUGAGAAUUGAUCCUCGCUCCCAACCUGGUGGGAGUCCCAUAAAAUGCAGCGCUCCUGCAAAAAAAUAAAUAAAUAAAUAAAUAAAAAUAAGAAAAAAAAUGUUUUUAUUAUUUUCUACUUGAACUUUGAGCAAGUUAAAGCACAUUGUUGAAGAAAUAAGUGGAAGGCAUCUAGCAGUGUGAUGUCUGAUUUUAGCUCUUUGGUCUCUCUUCAGGUCUUAUUUGUUCAGUUUCUGUCUUGGCACAUCUGUCUUUUUGUUCUAGAGAUUAAUGUCGAGGCUGAAUUCUAAAUGUUAUUUCUUGUUUUGCACUCAAAGUCAACCUGGUGUUUACAUGUCGAACAUAUUUAUUUAAAUUGACAUUGAGUAUGUAUUCUGCAGUUUUACAUUGUACUUUGACUAAGUUACACUUAUUAAGUACCUUUUAUUCAAAUGUUUACUGUUUUUUUUCUUAUGGAACAUUAAAUCAAGUUUGAAAUGCU